AUGUCACUUCUGGGGAACAUCACAAUCUUGUUUGUUACCAGGACUGAUCUGAGCCUCCAUGAGCCCAUGUACCAAUUCCCCUCCAUGCUGGCCACCACCACCAGUUUGGGUUUGUCUCUGUCUACAAUGCCAACUGUGAUGAGUGUAUUCUGGUUUGAUGCCAGGCAGGUUAGUCUUGAUAUUUGUUUUGCUCAAUAUUUUUUAAGUCAUUCAUCCUCAUUCUUGGAAUCCUCGGUGCUUCUGGCCAUGGCCUUUGAUCUUUAUGUGUCUGUCAGCUACCUGCGGAAAUACUCCUCUAUCCUCAGCAGUGCCAGGACAGGCAAGAUCGGCCUGGCUGCCCUGUGCAGAUGUGCCUUACCAACUGUCCGCCCAUUUGUGGUAUUGAAAGGAUUGCCCUUCUGCCAGUCCCAUGUACCCUCCCACGCUGACUGCAUCAGGCCUGACCGGAUCAAGCUGGUGUAUGCAGACAUCAUGUUCAAUAACUGGUAUGGCUUUGCUUUAGCCAGUCUUCUGACAUUAGUCCUAAUCCUCAUCUUUGUGUCAUAUGUACUGAUUGCUAGAGCCAUUCUGAGCAUCACAUCCCAGAGGGAACAUCAAGCUUUGAAAAACUGCCUGUCCAGUAUCCUUGCAGUCCUGAUCCUGUACCUCCCCAUGGCUGGCUUGUCCAUGGUUCACCGGUAUGGCCAAUGUCCAUGCUUGCCUCCCAUUCAUGUCUUCAUGGCCAACGUCCACCUGACGGUCCUUCCCAUGCUGAACCCCAUCAUCUACAGGAUAAAAACUAAACAGAUCUGCAGGGGCAUUCUCAUGGUCCUCUUGUCCAGCCUUCAGCCCAAAGACUUUAUUGCCCACAGCAGGGCGUCACUGCCGCCGGUGGGUGCCGGUCACCUGCUGAACGGGUCUCGGGUGCCACCGAGCUGCAACUGCUGCCAUCAGACCGCUGCUGCCUACCACCUCUGGGCUGCACUGCUGAAACACGGGGCAGGCCAGAUCCUGCAGUCUGCUCCAGUGUUUGACCUCUAUGCAGCGGCAAUCAGCCCCUUUUCUACCAAGGGCAGGCUGACCCUCCCCAAAGCUGAGCUUGGAGUUUCUUAA